AUGGACGGUUCGCCGGAGCGUCUGCAAAACUUCAUUUCAAAAUGCGCGGCAGACGAGGGGUUGGCUGUUGAGGAAGUUUCAAACUCUCCCCUCACAAGCCAAACUUCGAGUUUGCCCGGUAAUUCUUGCCAAUUUCCAGCAGGGGACUCUUUUGAAAAGCUGCUGCUGGACGCACAGUCCAGAAUCGGAACUUGGCUGUCGGCCGUGGACGUCCAGGCAGACUCCACAGCCUCAAGGUCACUUCCGGGACAGGCAGAAACGCCGGAUGCGUCUGAGCAAGUGUCGCCACUGCCGCAGCCAAAGGUGUCCGCGGCAGCUAGGAGACUGCAAGAAUGGAGGCUGACACGGGAGUCCACGUUGAGUGCGGAGACGGAGGCUCCACAGGGAGCGACUGUCCCAGCUGAGCCGAAGCAGGAGCUUGGCGAAAGUGGUGCAGCACAGCCGACAGACGUAGUCGUAGAGGCAACAGUCGGUGAAGCCGUGGUCCGAAUUCAGAAAACGGAAGAGCCGCCAAAAACAGUCGCACAAUUGGCUGCCGCCUUCGAGCGGCCUUCCAACGUGCACCCAAAGGGGAAGGCCGAUGUCACUUCUGCGUCGAUGUCGAAGACACCCGUGCAGGAGGAAGGUGACGAGCCUGACGAGCAGCCGGCGAGAGAAGCAGAAAGAGCAGAGGAGGCGGUCAAGGGCCUGGAGGACAAAGUUCCGAGCUCAGCGGCCCUGCAAGUGGCCGCUGGGAAGCUCAUGGAGAGGGUGAAAGCUGCCCGAGAAAGAAAGAGGGGGCCAUGGCCGGAAGAGGAGGACGCGAUGACGGCGCUGGCAGCCCGGGCUGAAGAGGCAGCAGUGGACAAGCCCAAGCUGCAGGAAAGCGCACGCCUGGAGGAGGAGGAGGCGGCUUUGGAGAAGACCCGUGCAGAGGAGCCGGUGGAGAUGCACGGAGAAGAGGAGAUGGUUGAGAUGGUCCCGGCAGAGGAG